AUGGCUAUUCCCGACGAUAUCCUUGCUGCAGAUGCAGCAGGGAGAAUCCCCAGCAGUGUCUCGCUUGAAUACCUGGCAGAGACCCGUGAUAAAUCUGCCAUUGUGGGAAUCAUUUUCAUGAUAUGUUUUACUGGCCUGUUGAUGAUUGUACGACUAUAUGCCCGAGCAUGCAUUGUGAAGAAGAUUGGUUUGGACGACGCAUUGGCUGUCGUGACAUUGGCCCUGUACAUCACCUUUGUCGUUCUCUCCAUCAUCCUGAUCAACUUAGGAAGUGGUCGCCACAUCGAAUAUAUCGAAUAUGUGUUAUCACCUGAUACAGUCCGCGACACCGAAGUUUUGGACUUCACCGCCCACAUUAUCUACACCACCGCUCUAUUUCUAUGUCGUCUCUCCGGUCUAGCCUUUUACUACCGGCUGACAGCCCGCUCAACGAAACUCCACCUAAGCAUUAUCAUCGCCGCACCGCUCCUCCUCGCCGCUUACCUGCCCCAACUCUUCCUCCUGAUCUUCCACUGCAGAGAGGUAACAGGAUUGUGGCCCUAUGAGUGGCAAGUCGAGCCAAAGACUUACAAUUGUCUCUCAUGGGGACUGGUGUACUCGGUGAACUCAGGACUAUCUCUCGCCUGCGAUCUGCUGAUGUUCGCGAUCCCCGCGGCGCUCAUCAAGGGACUACACGUCUCUUUCGAAAAGAAGAUCAAGCUAUCGAUUGUUAUGUUCCCUGGUAUCUUCGUAAUCGUGAUCUCCGCAGUCCGCGUCUGGCUCGUAGCAGUAGGCCAAUGGAAUUCCGACGGCAGUUGGGCCUACAAUCCGAUGAUGUGCGUUGAGAACGCUGAGAUCGCCGGAACUCUGGUCGCGCUCUCCGUUCCAGCGCUGAAACCCGUCUUUGGAAACCUGUUCGCACACUUGACCGAGUAUACUUCCAGCCACACGCGUUCGCGUUCGACAAAGCUGCACAGCCUCGGCCAUACCAAGACCAUAGGCAGUGCUGCGGUCUCAAGCAAUCGGGAUAGCAAGCGUCUCAUUAAUUGGUCUAAGCUCGGCAAAGAUGAUUAUGAGAUGAUGCCUUCUGAGGUCUCGGUUUCGAGGGAUAUUAGAGGUGCCUCGAGCGGGAGUGAUCGUAGUGGUGGGAAGGCGGAGAAGAAUGGUUCGAAGAGUCCCGGGAUUCGGGUUACGAAUGAGGUUAAUAUCAGUCGUGGGGAGGAGAGGAUUAUUGUUGAGAAGCCGGGGUCUAGAGAGAGUUAG